AUGAAUCGUGUUGCCUUUGCUGCUCAAGCUAAUGAACUCUUCGGUAAUGAUGUAAUGAAUCCACAACAGAAUCUCAAAUGGAUGGAUAAACCAGUUGGUGAUUCAAGUCCACUUGGUUUUUUAAAACCAUUAAAUUCAUUAUUAGUUAAACAAGUUGUUUCACUGACAGAAUUCAUGUUUUCCGUUUCUGCUCAAGCAAAAUAUGGAAUUUUUAAUGAUAAAGGCGAACAAGUUUAUUAUGCAUUUGAAGAAAGUGAUUUUUGUCAACGUAUAUACUGUCCAGCAACUCGUCGAUUUGAUCUUCAUAUUGUUGAUAGUACAAAUCAAGAAAUAGUUCGUAUUAAACGUGAAUUUAAAUGUUGUUCAGGAUAUGUUUGUUGUGCUUGUUGUUCAGCAUGUAGUCAUGAAAUAGUUGUUGAAUCUCCUCCUGGUACUGUAAUUGGUUAUGUUACCCAAGAAUGUAGUUUUCAUCGUGUGCAUUAUGCUCUUAAAGAUGCACAUGAUAAUGUUAUAUUGAAAAUUAUUGGCCCAGGAUGUAUGUGUGAUGGACCAUAUGCUUGUUGUUGUGAAAAUAAAUUUACUUUAAUUGGUAAUGAUGGUGUAUCAGAAAUAGGCUCUAUUCAUAAAAAAUAUCGAGGAUUUUUGGCUGAAGCUUUGACUGCUGCUGAUACAUUUACUAUUCAAUUUCCACUUGAUUUGGACGUUCAAAUGAAAGCAGUUGCAAUUGGUGCUUUAUUUUUAAUUGAUUUUGCUCAUUUUUCUGAACCACCUCGAAAUCGUAGACGAUAA